AUGACGAGCUUUAUCAGAGACCUGUACGGCUUUUUCAUGGACUCUGACGAGGCUCUCAAUCACCUGCCCGCCAUCCUUGACCAGCAGGCUGCCGAGCAAUCCCUAGGAAAUGUACGUUUCUCCAACGAGUGGCUCCAGCAGCGGGCCAAAAUAGACGAGUGCCUUGCAGAAAAAAGCGACGAGUCUUUGACAAGAGCCUUGAAGAUAUUUGCAAAAGUCAUAGACACUCUGGAUCUAUAUGCACCAGCGUUGAAAGGUCUGACAGACGUCCAUGCGUACGCGUGUGAAACGCUGGAGAGUAUCAUCUUUGACCAGCAAAAGGUCGACCAGAGAGGGCAGGCUGCUGCUUUUCUGUAUGGCCAAGCGAUGGCAAUGUCUUCCCUGACGGCUGAAGCUGUUACGUUGGCCAUAGAAAACUUAGGCAACAAUACAGCAGCCAACUUGGCACUGUGUAUCAUCCUCGGUGUCGAGCGCUCAAGCCCGACUCUAUUCGAGAGCCACCUUCCAGAGCUCCUUCAGCAGGUGCAAAUGGCAGCUUUUGACAGCGAUGCAACUGACUUUGUGCAGGAUAAAUCGGUACCCCAAGAGGCUCUCAUACGCGCUCUCAAGAUCUAUUGUCCUUCCGAAAAAGUAUCAUCCUGCCGAAUGAUCUUACAGGCAACCCAUACGAUCUUUGUCGCGAGUCUGCAUCUCUGUCAGAAGGCGCACAAGGCGGAAGAGGGAGUCUUCUGGACUUGUUUCUUGAUAGAGCAUAUGCCUAUGAUGCUGCGAAACGACCUCGCCCACCGGUACCCCCAAACCAUGCGCUCCAUCCCCAUAUUCACUCUUCUCCUCCCCCUCGGUCCCCGCCUCUCACCCGCAUCACAAGCCUCACUCUGCUCCGCCCUCCCCCUUCUGGCGACCUGGGAAACUUCUCUCUUUGUCGACUCUGAAUGGUUUACGAUGAGCAUCCACUUUAUGCUGGGUACGAAAAAGAGUCUGAGGGCCGAGGGGCUCAAGGGGCUGGGUCAGAUGGCCAGCGUUGUGUUGGACAGGUUUGAGCCGUUCUUGGACGAGAUCGGAGAGAUGGCCUUGGGGGUGCUAGAUAGAGAAGAGAAACCGGCCGUCCAAAAAGCAGCCCAAAGGCUCCUGGCGUGUCUCCUAGCCUCACAAGGCCCAACAACGCUUGAUAUCAUGAUUCACUACCUCCGAUCGCCCCAUCAUAUCCUCCUCGCAGACGUCGAGCUUUUGGAGAUGAUUGCGACUCUCUUGCCAAACCUUGCCAGGAGGAUUAUACAAACGUUGACGGAUAUCAUCGAUGAUCUGCUCACGGAGAAGGGAGGGGCGGAAGAAGGGGAUGUUGAGGGGAGAGGGUCGAGAAGGGCUAGCGUGUUGGAUGCGCUGAAUGUAUUUCCUCUACGCGAUCGUGACCUGACCGCAAAAGCCCAAAAAUUAGUAUUGUGGAGUCUGGAAGAAGACAGUGGGCAGCCGGUCGUCGUUGCCGCUCUUCAGCUGUCAACAAACCCAAUCAUCGCUACACCCUCAGUUGUGCGAAGUCUCACGUUCAAAGUAGCCCAGCUAUUGUUGGCUGACGAUCCAUAUAUCGUUCAUACCGCCCUUUCUGUCCUCUCCAACCCCGCUCUGGCGAGUAUGCUCGACAAAAGCUCCUGCUCGAUGAUUCUCCUAGCCCUCCAUCAAUCUAUGGAGCCCUCCAUCCAAAUCAUUGCCGCUAAACUUUUGGCGCAUCUGACGACAGCUCACAAGGCGAUCGUACAACCGCUAGCUUGGAGCCAUAUACGACAGAGUCUCAGCUUGAUUGACUUUCUGCAUAGCGUCGAUCCCACAAAGGCCAUCAUUGAGGCUUGUAUCAUCAGCAACCUUCUUCCUGCACUUCCACCCAGUCUUCACAAAAAGUACGUCGGCCCUGUCAAGGAACUGAUCAUGACCGGCCUCCAUCGUCCCUGCGAACCCCCAACGCUCUCCCUCAUCUUUCAAGGUCUUUCCAACCUCGCCCACUUCGAGUCCUACACUUCCGCCCAACAAUCGCAGCUUGCCCAAGAACUUCUCGAGAAGACGCAAGAGAUUCCCAAAGAGUGCCAGCACGCCGCCUUGAACGCUAUAUCAAGCCUUUUGAGCGUACCUAAAGAGGGGCUGGAUGUUUAUGAGCUGCUAAUCAAGGUACAUGCAAGGUUUGGUGGAGGGAGAGGCAAGACUUUGGAUAAUGACUUGAAGGCGCUGGUCAGUGGCAUAUACGGUCAUUUGGGGACAGUCGAGAGAAACCCGGUCAUCAGUAGAGACUCUAAAGCAGCCAUCAACCGCGAGACCCUCAACUACCCUUCCAAAGUUGCCCAUCUAUCACGCAUCGCCGAAGUUCGCGAUCGCCACGGCCCCUUGAACCAAACGUCCAUUAACACUCUCCUCGCCGAAAUCCUCUCCGCCAGUCUCUCGACUUCCCUCAAAGCCACCGACGACCGGUCUCUUGUCCUCGAGACCAUGUCGUGUCUCGGCAUCCUUCAACCGCAUUCCAUUCCAAGCUUGAUCCCUGAUUUGCCUGGACUGAUCAUGAGCGAGUUGAGGUACGCGCUGAAGAGCAGGGAUGCUGCGAGGGACGCAAAUUCAGCAAGUGUCAGUGCUGGAUUAUUAUUUUUGAGUAGUACAGUCCAUACAAGUGGAAUCUGGCUAGAGCAGUAUUGGCAAGAGAUGGGCGAACUGAUGGUAGAGUGCAUUUCCAGCGGGGAGGCGUUGCCGGUCUUGAGAGGUCUUGAUGUGAUCUUGGGAUCGCUUCGGGAUUGA